UGGUAGGUGUGUGUUGAACGCCCUCUGCUGGUCACCACCACACAGUGCAGACAACAUGGCGGCUCCCAUCCGGACGCUGUGCUGCUCAGUGUUGAGACGCUGCGGUCGUCCCUUCAGCACAACAUGUACAGCACCGGCUGGAGAGAAAUGGAGGAAGGAACAUGGACUCGCCCCCAGCGGCUCCGAGUAUGGACCCAUGACAGAUCUGCCUGAUUGGUCAUUUGCAGACGGCAGACCGGCGCCUCCGCUGAAGGGACAUCUGAGAAGACGACAAGAGAGGGAGGCUUUAGCGAGACGGAUUGUGAUGCUGAACUCGGAGGUGGACAGAGGAAUGGAGGCCUGGGCGCAGAGACAGGAAGAGGCCCGACAAAUGGAGGAGCACAAAAAGUCCCUUCUGCUCAAACCUAAAGGCGACAGAUUAUUUAAGAAAAAAUCCAAAAGUUAGAAACUCCUGUUCUGAACAUGUUGUAAUAUAGUUACUCUGAACAAUAGCCUUAAUUGCUCUGUUGGAUAUAUUUAUAAGGAGCUGUGGCUUUUUCCGCCCGGGUUACAGUUUAAAUUACUUUCAUUUUAUAAUGAAUUUCCCCCGCAGCGAUCACAAGACGUCACACUGUUGAUGUGUUUACUCCAUUUCUCAUUGUUUUAUGCUACAAAUGUGACACUGUUGUGAACCACAUAUCCAGAAACCGUUGGAUGUGAAGUACGCAGAUGUGUUUCAUCGAAUAAAUGGACGAAAUGAC